AGCGUUUACUGAUACUGAUGUUUGGAUCACAUGAUCUAAAAAUGGUAGAUACAUGUACCUACCCAGUUAUAACAUAGGUUCACAGUGAAGCAAUGUGACAAAAUCUUAGUUACCUCACCAAGCAUACAGGAUGGGGAGUGAAUGGUUUGAGAGAGACUCAGACUAUGUUCUACUGGAAGGCCAGUCCACAGAUGAACUUCAGGCACCACUUAACAGAUCAUCCAGACUGAAGUAUAAUUGUGUCUCUGUAUCUAACAAACUAGUUGCAUUUGGUUCCAACACUGGAGGUAUUUACAUCUUCUCUAGGAUAGACCAAAAACUGCUACAGAUUGCAUUUGCUGAAAAGGAAACCAACAGCGUUUCUCUUGUGAGGAUUAGUCCACAUGAAAAAUAUGUUGCUUUUGUCAGUUCAAGCAAUAUAUAUGUCUUAGACCUGAAACUGGAGUCAAGGUCAAAAGCCGAGACAUUACGAUCAAGCUCUGACCUUGCUGGUUGCCUAGUUACCAGUCUGCUUUGGGAUCAAACAAGUGCAAAGUUGUUCAUAGGGGAUGACCUUGGGAAGGUUUCAAUGAUGCCAGUAUACUCAAACAAGGCAAAGAAUCUGUUUAGUUUACCUCUAGAGAUUAUAAUGAAGCUUGACUCAGCUAUAGUUCAGUUAGAUAAAGCAGAAGAUAAAAUACUUGUGUCUACAAUGACUAGAUGUUACCUUUGUGAUACAGUCAAACAACAUUACUCACAGAUUGGAAAAAAACUGAGAGAUGGUAAUUUUGGUGCUUGUUUUCUACAACAAGGGACAUCAGCUCCUAUGAUUUACAGUGCAAGGCCAGGAUCCAGAAUAUGGGAGGUUGACUUUGAGGGUAAUGUGUUGAACACACAUCAGUUUAAACAGUUGUUAGCACUUCCUCCUAGUCAUAUCAUCAAUGUAAACCAGAAGUAUAUAUUUGACACAGAGACCAACACGACCAAGGCACAGUCUGUAGCAUUCCCAAAACUUAUCAUUCUUAAAAAGAAUUUUCUGUUAACUUGGACCAACACAAGUGUCUAUGUCCUUGACCCAAUUAAUGUCAAGGUAAUGCUAUGGACCAAUCAAUUUUCAG